AUGCAACCUUCCGGUGGAGAAUUCUUUCCAGGCGGCAGUGGUCCUACUCCCAAUGAUCCAGAGCACCCUGAAGGACUCUCGAUAAAAUCGCUCAAGGACGUCGAUGAAGCCAGUCUUGACCCACGACUCAGCUUGUCGGCGACGAUAUUGCCCGCCCCAGAUGACCUUGACGUUCCUCUAUCACGCCAGUUCAGUCAGCUGGUGCAGGGCCGCACUUCAUCUGACCGUGAUGUGGAGAAGAAACCUGACUAUCCCGACCCACUAUACGUCGAAUUCGAGAAAGGUGAUACUCGAAAUCCUAUAAAUUUCUUGCCAAGAAGAAAAUGGGCGAUCACUAUGUUGUCGAGUUUUGCAACACUUCUGGCUGCUAGCACGGCGGCCGGGUACAAUCUAGGAUUCGACUCUAUGACACGGGAUCUCAAUUGCACGCGGUUCCAAGCAACCGUCGGAUUGAGCACAUCUACGCUCGGGUUCGGUGUCACCCCCCUCUUUACCGCCUCCUUCAGCGAAGAGUUCGGUCGACAGCCCUUGUACUUCGUGUCCGCAGGGGGCUUCUUCCUCAUGCACAUCAUGGUAGCUUUAGCAAAGAACAUCCAAACGGUGAUCAUUGCGCGAUUUUUACAGGGUGCGUUUGGCUCAACGUGGGCGACCAUGGUGGGCGGAACCAUUGCGGACAUUUGGGUCCCUGAAGACCGGGGUCUUCCCAUGACCAUCUUCACCGCAGCCGCUAUCGGUGGCACAGGUGUAGGGCCCAUCAUUGCGGGCUGGAUCGAAAUGAACGGACGGCUUGAAUGGAAAUGGAUCCAAUGGAUCCAAAUGAUGAUGUGCGGAUUGUACAUUGUAUUAUUGCCGUUCGUCAUGAAAGAGACGCGCUCCUCGAUCCUUCUCACCCGUCUCGCGAAGAAGAUACGGAAGAAGACAGGCGAUAAACGAUAUCGGGCACGUGUUGAAGACGAGCGGGCAAGUUUGCGUACGCUGAUAUUCAUAUCGUGUACACGUCCAAUACACCUUCUGUUGACAGAGCCCAUCGUAUUCAGUUUCAGUCUUUGGGUCGGAUUCUGCUGGGGUGUGGUCUACGCACUGGUCGAGUCGAUUCCUUUCAUAUUCAGAGACUUGCACGGCUUCAAUGCAGGUCAGUUGGGUAAUGCAUUUGCCGUCAUGAUCGUUGGAAGUUUGCUUGGCGUUAUGACAAACUUCUUUCAAGAGAAGUUGUAUCACAAAAAUUACCCUCAUAGAGGUCCUGAAGCUCGAUUGUACAUGGCCUGCGCUGCGGCCAUUAUGCUUCCCGUCGGCAUGUUCAUCUAUGCAUGGACUUCGUUCCCGUUCGUGCCGUGGAUCGCGUCUGCCAUCGGUAUCACGAUAUUUAUGUGGGCGAUGUUCAUAGUCUACCUGGCUGUGUUCACGUACUUCGCGGACACAUACGGUCCAUUCGCCUCGUCGGCACUCGCUGGUCAGAGCCUUUGCCGAAACCUCGCAGCGACGGCCUUCCCACUUUUUACCACGCAAAUGUAUAACAAUCUGGGGUAUACAUGGGCGAGCACGUUGUUUGCGUGUAUAGCAACUGUUAUGAUUCCCAUACCCUUUGUACUGUUCUUUUAUGGACCCUCUAUUCGCAGACACAGCAAAUUUUCCAGCAUGGUUUUGCAUGGUAAAUCAGCCACAUCGUAA